AUGGCUUGGCAGGUGAGCGUGCCCGAGCUGGAGGACCGGCUGCAGUGUCCCAUCUGCCUGGAGGUCUUCAAGGAGCCCCUGAUGCUGCAGUGUGGCCACUCCUACUGCAAGGCCUGCCUGGUCUCCCUGUCGAGCCACCUGGACGCCGAGCUGCGCUGCCCCGUGUGCCGGCAGGCGGUGGACGGCAGCAGCUCCCCGCCCAACGUCUCCCUGGCCCGCGUGAUCGAGGCCCUGCAGCUCCCCGGGGACCUGGAGCCCAAGGUCUGCGCGCAUCACCGAAACCCGCUCAGCCUCUUCUGCGAGAAGGACCAGGAGCUCAUCUGCGGCCUGUGCGGCCUCCUGGGCUCCCACCAGCACCACCGGGUCACGCCGGUCUCCACCGUCUACUGUCGCCUGCAGGAGGAGCUGGCAGUCCUCAUCUCCAACCUGAAGCAGGAGCAGAAGAAGGUGGAUGAACAUAUCGCCAAACUGGCGAACAAUAGGACCCGGAUUGUCAACGAGUCUGAUGUCUUCAGCUGGGUGAUCCGCCGCGAGUUCCAGGAGCUGCACCACCUGGUGGACGAGGAGAAAGCUCGCUGCCUGGAGGGAUUGGAGGGUCACACGCGCGGCCUGGUGGCCUCCCUGGACAUGCAGCUGGAGCAGGCCCAGGGGACCCGGGAGCGGCUGACCCAGGCAGAGCGUGUGCUGGAGCAGUUUGGUGACGAGAGUCACCACGAGUUCAUCCGGAAGUUCCACUCCAGGGCCUCCAGAGCAGAGCUGCAGCAGGCCCGGCCCCUGGAGGGCACGUUCAGCCCCAUCUCCUUCAAGCCAGGCCUCCACCAGGCUGAUAUCAAGCUGACUGUGUGGAAAAGGCUCUUCCGGAAAGUUCUGCCAGCCCCGGAGUCUCUCAAGCUGGACCCUGCCACCGCCCACCCGCUCCUGGAGCUCUCCAAGGGCAACACGGUGGUGCAGUGUGGGAUCCUGGCCCAGCGGCGCGCCAGCCAGCCCGAGCGCUUCGACUACAGCACGUGCGUCCUGGCCAGCCGGGGCUUCUCCUGCGGCCGCCACUACUGGGAGGUGGUCGUGGGCAGCAAGAGCAGCUGGCGCCUGGGCGUCAUCAAGGGCACGGCCAGCCGCCAGGGCAAGCUGAACAAGUCCCCCGAGCACGGCGUGUGGCUGAUCGGCCUGAAGGAGGGCCAGUAUGAGGCCUUCGGCUGCCCUCGGGUGCCCCUGCCCGUGGCAGGCCACCCCCACCGCAUCGGGCUCUACCUGCACUACGGGCAGGGAGAGCUCACCUUCUUCGACGCCGACCGCCCCGACGACCUGCGGCCACUCUACACGUUCCAGGCCGACUUCCAGGGCAAGCUCUACCCCAUCCUGGACACGUGCUGGCACGAGAGGGGCAGCAACUUGCUGCCCAUGGUGUUGCCCCUGCCCAGCGGGUCUGGCCCCCUCAGGCCCCUGGAGCCCACCAAGCUGUAGGGCCGCCCUGGGUCCCGCAGGCCCAUGGGCCCAUCCCAGCGGGGCACUGGGGACCCGAGGGAUUCUGUGGGGCCCCGAGGUGACGUUUUCACUGUCUGGGAAGGUCUUCUAGCCUGUGUGCCCCA